UUAUUACAAAUUGAUGAAGAAUUUAAUAUAUUUGAGGGUGUUCAACGGGCAGUUGAUUUAUGUGCUGCUCCUGGUAGCUGGUCACAAAUGCUUGCUCAAUUAAUGUUGACAUAUUAUUUCAAUAGUGAGAACCAGCCUGAAAACUUACAAGUGCCAAAGAUAGUUGCGGUGGAUUUGCAAGCAAUGGCACCACUUGAAGGUGUCAUACAAAUACAAGGAGAUAUUACAAAAGCUUCAACAGCAGAGCAAAUUAUUUCAUAUUUUGAGGGUGAAUUAGCAGAUCUUGUGGUCUGUGAUGGUGCACCUGAUG